AUGUCUUACGACACAUAUCGAGAGAACCCAGACAUGGCCGAGAGCACCGACAUGUCAGAUUUGCGGGACGCAUUACCACAUAUUCAGCCGCGCGCACCAUCGCCGGCAACCAACCAGCAGCAAAUGCAGAACCUGCAGAACAUUAUCCUAGCGGCGGUCAACAACGCGAUCGCAGACAACAACGAAUUAUGGGAAGAGAGAUUCUCAUCAAAAGACGAAGAAGUAAGAGACUUGCGCAGAAGGCUCGCAGAGAGCGAAAGGAGGCAGCCUUCAGGAAUGGGCCUGCCACGCGCACAAGAAGCAGAGUUUAGGAAAACGGCAUUAGCAAAGCCGGAACCUUAUGACGGAGACAAAAAGAAGUUUUGA